AAAACCGUUGCGCGUUGAAUGACGGCCGAUUGUUGCUUUCAACAUGCGUCCUUGCGCGAUGCUAUUGGCCGAAUAGGGCGACGUGCACCCGGGCGCCUGGUGCUGUGGGCGGGUGGAAGGCUCGUUUAUAACCCCCGCGUCUCCGGCGGUGGGCGGGAACGACAACCGCUGUGAGGGGAGCGAGAGCGGAGGAGGAUGAGGAAGACGCCAGACAGCAGGCUGUAGCGGCGGCCGGGUCCGCGGAGGCGGCCGUCCCUGGAUGCGUCGUGAGCCGCGCAUGGACGACCACCUGAGCCUCCUGCAAUCACCACCGCCGAGCGUGAGCAAAACACGAGGCGACAACUUGGUGAACCACGGAUACACCGAGACGGAGGCCGACGUCAUGACGGUCGCGGCGUGUGACAACAUGUUGGAAGAGUCGGCGGCUCUCCCGGGCCACCUCUCCCUGGAUCGAUACGAGCCGGACCACGAGUGCUGCGAGAGGGUGGUCAUUAACAUAUCCGGCUUGCGCUUCGAGACGCAGCUCAAGACUCUCUCGCAGUUCCCGGAGACCCUCCUGGGGGACCCCAAGAAGAGGAUGAGGUACUUUGAUCCCCUCAGGAACGAGUACUUCUUCGAUCGGAACCGGCCCAGUUUUGAUGCCAUUCUCUAUUACUACCAGUCAGGGGGGCGCAUCAGGAGACCCGUCAACGUCCCCAUUGAUAUCUUCUCAGAGGAGAUUCGGUUCUAUGAGCUGGGCGAGGAGGCGAUGGAGAAGUUCCGGGAGGACGAGGGCUUCAUUAAGGAGGAGGAGCGGCCCUUGCCGGAGAACGAGUUCCAAAGACAAGUGUGGCUGCUUUUUGAGUACCCGGAGAGUUCGGGACCAGCGCGGGGCAUCGCCAUCGUCUCCGUCCUGGUCAUCCUCAUCUCCAUUGUCAUUUUCUGUUUGGAGACGCUGCCCGAAUUCAGGGACGAGAACCGCGAUGCCAUCCCGAUCGCGCCCGUGAUCAAUGGCACCCUUCCCUAUUUCAUCAGCCCCUUCUCAGACCCCUUCUUUGUAGUGGAGACCUUGUGCAUCAUUUGGUUCUCCUUCGAGCUCCUGGUGCGCUUCUUCGCAUGUCCGAGCAAAGCCACGUUCUCCAAGAACAUCAUGAAUAUCAUUGACAUCGUGGCCAUCAUCCCUUACUUCAUCACGCUGGGAACGGAGCUGGCCGAGAGGCAGGGGAACGGACAGCAGGCCAUGUCGUUGGCCAUCCUGCGCGUCAUUCGCCUCGUGCGCGUCUUCCGCAUCUUCAAACUCUCGCGUCAUUCCAAAGGUUUGCAGAUUUUGGGUCAGACCCUCAAGGCCAGCAUGCGUGAACUGGGCCUGCUCAUCUUCUUCCUCUUCAUCGGCGUCAUUCUCUUCUCCAGCGCCGUCUACUUUGCCGAGGCCGACGACCCCGAAUCGGGAUUCAACAGCAUCCCGGACGCCUUCUGGUGGGCUGUGGUCACCAUGACUACCGUUGGCUACGGGGACAUGCAUCCCGUCACCAUCGGGGGCAAGAUUGUGGGCUCUCUGUGCGCCAUCGCCGGCGUGCUGACCAUCGCGUUGCCUGUGCCGGUCAUCGUUUCCAAUUUCAACUACUUCUACCACAGGGAGACCGACGGCGAGGAACAGGCACAGUACCUGCACGUGGGCAGUUGUCAGCCUCUGGCAGAGCCCGAGGAGUUGAGGAAGACGCGCUCGUCGUCGUCGUCACUCAGCAAGAGCGAGUACAUGGUGAUAGAGGAGCAUGGCAUCAACAGCGCCUUCAAGCAGCAGCCAAACUUUCCCACCAGCGCUCAGAACAACUCGCAGAACUGCAUCAACAUCAACAAGAAGAUCUUCACUGAUGUGUAGUUGGUUCUGGUGUCACGGACGUCGCGGGUGGAUGCGCGAUGGCUCAGAUGUCAUUACGGAUGGAAGCAGUGCUGGAUGAGUGAGGGGGUUUAAAAAAAAAAAAAAGCCCAAAUCCCAUCAGACAAUUAGAAUUGGUUCCAGUGCUUACAAUUAAAAAAAAAAAAAAAAAAAAAAAAAGGAAUAAAAUCACGUGCGGAGAGAAGGCACUCCUUAAAAGCCUGCAAUAGAGAGGGAACCUGUUGUAGCUGUUAAGGAAAGCUUUAUAACUGUGAAAGACUACAAAUGUAUACUUCAAUGACCUUCACGUUGUAUUAACCACAGUUGUGAUUCGUCAGUCGUAGCCAAUGUGCAAUAUCCAGGAUUGUUUUGAUGUGUUCGAUGUCUCUUUAAACACACGCAGUUUAGGAAAAAGAAAAACUAGUUAACCUUAUAUGAUAUGAAUUAGACUGUACUAUGCCUUUACCGUGCGUUAAAGUCUAGUGCAAAGCGCUACUCCACCUGUUAACAAAUCAACUCCCAUGUAGAAUAGAGGCGUUUUGUGGGGCCAGUGGACCACCGUGCUGUGUCUCAUCACCCGCUAAAGACACGUGUUCAGAGGAGAGCAAAACCGAGGCAGGGCUCUUCCACGCGCACACGCGCGCUUCUCUUUGGAUGCCUCAAAUAUAACCUGCUGUGAUCCAAUCUCCGUGGUGACGGCCGUUUCCCGGGCAACCCCAACCAGUGUUGCCAUGGCGCCCCUGUUUCCACAGAAACCGCCCAGAUGGCUUGGAAGCUAUAUUGAAGAUAAGCAUUCGAAUAACGUGUCUUCAAGGACUGCUGUUGAUGACGUCAAGUGUGUGUUGUGUGUAAACGCAACCUCGCAGAAAGGCAAACGUCAACAAGCUCUUCUGUAUUCGACUGUGAUGAUCCAAAUCAUGCCACCCCGAAUGAACCAGUCUGAAACCAAGGAAAUGGAUGGAGAGGCACCCUUUCAAGGAUUUCCGAAUGGACUGUCUGGCUCUCCUGGGUGCAAUACUAUUGGCGCCCAGCAGGGGAUGCUCUUCACCCACCGACGGCACCGUUUCUCAGGUGGAAGCUGUCCAGGCCGCCUGGAAGACUUGCAGCGCCCUCGUUGACUGACUAUCGUGCAGGGUUGUAAGACAGUAUUUCUGUGGACCAAAUGGGGUAAACUUGAUUGAAAAAAGAAUUACCCCCUGGAGGAGAAUUUCUUCCUCUGCCUUCUCGCUGGCGUCCUCAUACUUGGUGCCUAUAGCAGCUCCGCCCUGCCAAUUGAUCCUCUUUAGGAUCAAAAAUCAGGAAAAUCGCAAGAAUAUUAAAAAAAAAACCUCUCUCCAUACUGUGUCUACGGUACAGUUUAUCAAACAGCCCGCUUCAUUUCUAGCUGUGUAGCUGCUGUUUUGUGGCUGCUCUCUGUUUUUGCGUGAAAGUAUCACAGCAUCAACUGUUACACGCAGUCAGAAGAUUCAUCUUGACAAUUCUCUAUUUUGCCCAACGCUUUCGAAGAUGGAGAGAAGACAGCCAGCAGUUUCAAAACAAAGCACCCAAUUCCUCGGAUCUAUUCAGAUCUCUUUACAUGUGGAUGCUAUAUUCAUGUUUCUUCUCACUCAUCAUCAGUGCUAUUGAGAACAGAGAGUUCUUUUUUUCGUAUUGAAAGCUGCAAAAAAAAAAAAAAAGAGGCCAAACAUCGAGUGAAAGGAAACUGUGAUAUAAAUCAAAGACUGUUAACCACAUGCCUUUGUUAGCUCAGUGUGCUCUGUAUUGCUAACAUUUAAAAUACAUGUAUGUUACAUGUGAUUGUUGCUGCGAUUCCCCUGCCCUACACUUAAAAAAAAAAAAAAAGUGCACCCGGCACAGAGCUCGCAUCUGUCCCUGAGUGCUCUGCUGCAGAAUGUUGGCAGGGGAAGGCUAAGUUUGUCAGUAUUUGUUUGACGUUACUCUGUGCUGUCUUUAAACAUGACCCAUUUAACAAGA